AAAAGAACAAAAACAAUUUCCCUCAGUCAAAUAAGUUAUUCUUCAGUGUUUACUGGGGACAUGUUAGACCUCAGGAACUCAGUAGUUCUCUUAGUGACUUUUACUUCUCUACUGUUGGCUCUCUUAUUUAUAAAACUGACAUGGAAAAGAAGGCGAUUGCCCCCAGGACCUUUCGCUCUGCCUGUACUAGGGAACGUUCUACAGAUCCAUAAGCAAGGAAUGGUGCCCUAUUUAGUCAAGAUGGGGGAGACAUAUGGCCCUGUAUGCACCAUUUUUAUGGGGUCACGACCCACAGUGAUUCUGACGGGAUAUCAAGCAGUGAAAGAGGCUCUAGUUGACCUUGGAGAUGAUUUCCUUGGACGAGGUCCACUCCCAGUGUUCGACCGUGUAUUAAAAAAAGGCGGAUUGGCGCUUCUUAAUGGAACAGCUUGGAAGCAACUACGACAAUUUACCAUGAUGACUUUCCGUGAUUUUGGGAUGGGCAAAAAGACCUUGGAGGAACCCAUCCAGGAAGAAGCUCAGCAUCUAGUGAAACAUUUCAGAAGCUACAAACAAGAGCCAGUUGAUCCCAGUAAUAUCAUGAUCUGUGCUUCAUCCAAUAUCAUUGCCUCAAUCCUCAUGGGAACUCGUUAUAACUACAGUGAUGACAAGUGGAUGCAAUUACUCAAAAAUAUACAUGAAGCAAUUGUUAUAGCCUGUUCUACAUGGGGCCAGAUUUAUGACAUUGUACCCAAUAUCAUGCAAGUCAUGCCUGGACCACAUAACAACAUUUUUACUCUUCUCCAAGAUCUUGUUGAUGUUGUGGAAGAGAGAGUAAAAUAUAACCUUGACACACUUGAACCAAACUGUCCACGGGAUUUUAUUGAUUGCUUCCUUAUAAGAAUGAAAGAGGAAAAAGAUCCCAAAACGCCAUUUACUGUGACAAAUCUUGUUGCAACAGUGACUGACACAUUUCUAGGCGGAGCCGAGUCUACUGGCAGUACAGUAAAUUAUGGACUUUUGAUUUUUAUAAAGUAUCCCGAAAUUCAAGCCAAGUUACAAGAGGAGAUCCAACAGGUGAUUGGACACAACCGUGAGCCCGUGGUGGAGGACAGAAAUAGCAUGUCCUACUUAAAUGCGUUUAUCCAUGAGCUGCAGAGAUAUUGUGAUGUCUUUCCAAUGGGAGUGAUUCGUUCUACCACAAGAGACUUGGAUUACCGUGGAUACUACAUUCCUAAGGGUACUGAUGUUCUUCCAGUGUUAACCACCGUGCUAAAGGAUCCAACACAAUUUGAAACACCUGGUGAAUUCAACAUCAAACAUUUCUUAGAUGAAAAUGGCACAUUUAAGAAAAAUAAUGGUUUCUUGGCAUUUAGUGCAGGUAAAAGGUCGUGCGCUGGGGAGAGCCUGGUUCGGAUGCAGCUGUUCAUAUUCUUUGCCACAAUUCUACAAAAAUUCACCUUAAAGGCAACUGUGGACCCGAAGGAUCUGGACCUUAGUCCUGCAGAAAGUGGCAUUGAGACUAUACCACCCGUCCAUAAAAUCAUCUUUAUACCUCGAGAAUAAACUGCUAUAGGCUAGAUUACAAAUGGCGCUCUAUUUAGCUCCCCGCUUGAACAUAAACAUCACAGGAAGUAAGCUUUUUGCGCUCAUUACAUUAAGUUGAAAGUAAAAAGUUUGUGUGCGCGCAAAACCCAAUGCGCAUUAAAAGAUUUGCAAUCACAUUAGCACAUUCUCCCCAUAGACUUCAAUGGAGCCGGGAAAAAAAACAAAAAAACGAAGAGCACUAUAUGAAUAUUUUACAUUCCAAUGUUCUUCACAUCUUCUAUUUAUUGUUAAAUAUAUGUUUGCAUAUAUAUAUAUAUAUAUAUAUAUAUAAAUAAAAUGUUUCUUGGUAAAAUAUAUAUCUAUAUGAUUAUAUAUAGGUAUAGAUAUAUACAGAUAUAUAUAUAUAUAGGAACAUAUAACAGUACAUAGACUAGUAUAAAAUGAAUUCCCCUAUGUGAAGAACAUUGAUAUUUAACAUUUUUACAAUAUAUAGAACAGUAUAUAUACACAUGCAUACACAUAUUUAGACAUGAAUAUAUAUAUAUAUAUAUAUAUAUAUAUAUAUAUAUAUAUAUAUAUACCGGUAUAUAUAUUAUAGCUCUUUGCAGCCAAACACCUUGUCAUAGACCAUAUACCUUUGAGCCAUUAUCUUUUUAAUAUUUCUAUGAAUCAUUUUUAUCAGAAGGUUUACAUGAGUGUUACUGUCAUUUUAAAUGUUACCUAUGUUGUGCUUGGCACAACUUUUUUUUAACCCCUUAGCCUUUACACAAGCUUUUCAGACCCGCUAUUCUGACGAGCGUAAGAUGUAAUUGCGCUCUUGUAAUAUGUAAUACAUAAUUGUACUGGAAGUGCACUUUAGCUUACGUGCUAAAACCUAACACCGUUUGUGCAUUAACGUUAGCGCGCCACUUGUAAUCUACCCCAUAUAAAAUCUCUAUGCACCAUAUCUUUAUAACGUCACAUUAUCUGCCACCUGAGGAAAUGCAGAGAUGAAUAUCAAUAUAUGGUUUACCAUUUUAAGAUGGCAUUGCGUGCUUCCUAUGGUUGUGUAAAGAUAAAACAUAGACUUAUGACCAGGAUGUUUGUCACACUGCCUAAUUACCUUAUUAAUUAAAUACAGAAUACAAAGACUUGUAAAAAACAAA